AUUUCGGUCGCCAUGGCUCACUAUCAACCCUAUUGCGAGGAAUUGAAGGAUUCAACUGCAACACAAAAAUUUAUUGAUCUUGUAUUCAAUUUGAUACAAGCUAUGUCUUCGCGUAUACCAAGAGAUGCUCUGUACGUGAAUGAAAAUUGCAGACGAAGAAAGGCAAUCCAGGAAUUUUUAGAAUUCCUUGCAGACUGGGAAAAGCUCGAAAAAAAAAAACCUGUGUCAAGGAGCACGUUAACUGGAUUAAAAGUAACUUUACGGGCAACACUUGAAAUUUUGGAUAUGCUGAAUGUUGCAUGUGAUUACAAGUAUUUGAUGACAGCAACCCUAUCUCAAGAUCCGUUGGAGAGAUUUUUCUCCGUCAUGAGAUAUUCGUGUGGAGGAAACGAUCACCCUGAUCCCAAAAUGUUUGCACAAGUUUACCGAUUGGCGUCUUGUUUUUCCCUAAUACGCCCUCCGAAAGGUUGUAACGUUUCCGGCAAAGAUUUGCUGAAGAACUUACUAGGAGCAAAGGAUAUGGUAACUGGUUCAAACGAGGCUAAGCAAGCACGGCUGGAAAGCCUCGACCAUAUACUAGAUAAUGGUGAACCAUUGAUUGAUGGUUAUGAAGACCAUGACUACAACGAGGCUGUCACCAGUGACGCGGUGCAGUCUUACAUUGCUGGGUACAUCGUCCGCAAAUUGCGAAAAAUCGUAAAAUGCAAUAAUUGUUUGAAACUCAUACAAAUGAGUCCCAAUGAGGGAAAAAUGUUAAUGAGAAACGACGUAAUCGAUAAAAUGGAUUUAUACGGCGGGUUAAUUUAUGCUAGUGACGAUCUAUUCAAUCUGACCAAAAUGAUAGAGAAAUGUGUGUUAAGAGCAAUAAGCAAAGCUUUAACCAAUAUGGAGACGAUCAGCGAAAUUACGCAAGAAUUACAAAAAGAAACAUUGAUAAAAGUUGGAUGUGCCGACCAUUCCAAACAAGUAUCAAAAAAAUUAUCGAUAUGUACGUAGUUAUGCGAGCCCACUUUCUGGCAAAAUAUGAAAAUAAACGUUACGACGCAGCCAAAACCAAAACUAAAAUGAACAGGAAAAAUGCCAAGUUAUUGUCUUAAUUACUAGUAGUUCGCCCCGAACUAAGAACUCGUAUUCGCUGAAAACUACCGCGCAGCGCGCACACUCAGGUUUUGAUUUCCAACUCAAUCUCACUAGUGAUACCUACUAAUACUUUAUAUACGAGAUUACCGCCACGUGGGAUGUUGACUCGACGAUCAUUGUUGCGAUAGUCGUCUCGGUUUUUU